UCUCUUUCUUUCCUACCCUUUCCCUUGCAUUCUUUCUUUUCUCUUCUAAUUUGCUAUCCAAACAUAGUGUUGUGCAAAAAUAAUUAUUUGCCUCUUUUGUGAAAACUUUCGUACUCUAUUAGAAAAAGCUUUCAUUUUCUCUUCCUCACAAGCUACCACAAAAACUGUAGCAACACUUUUUUUAUUCUUCCAUUCAUUUAAUUCUACGUCCUUGCAAAUAUUUGAGAUGAUUUUCUUAUUAAGUGUUUAAGGUGGGACGCAGAUCCAAAUGAUCCGAGUCCAAAUGCAUACAAGUUCAUAACUUCUAACCAACCUAUACAUAGUUUUAAUGAUACAUAUUAUUAAGGGACAUAAUAAACCUUUUCCUUAAAGUCCAAUUACAAUGAUUGAUAAAGUUUGUCCUAAUUAACAACAUUUCAAAAAAGCACCUUUUGGAGCUCUAGCAUUAUAAAUAACCUGAUUAAUUAGUAUUGCCAUUUCCACGAGUACCUAAACAAAGAAAUUCGUAAUACCUCAAAUAAACUUUUAGGAAGAAAGUUACCAUAAUCCUUUCUAAAUUUAGGUCAAAUUUCCAAAUAAAGAAGUAAGAUCAAUAUAAGAUGUACACAAAAUCAUCAUGUAGAAACUCAACAACAAGAAGCUUAAUUGUAAAGAGAUCUGCUGCUGCUCCUAGUCCUAGGCCAAUAACAACAACAACAGAAUUGGAAGAAGCUGCACAAGCAGUCCCAUUGUUGGCUCACAUUGAAUCAUCAAAAUUCACACAAAGAAAUCAUAGUCGAGGGAAGAAAAUAGAAUUCCCAGUGUCCCCUGAUGCUGAUGCUCUUUUACUGGGAGAAGGGAUUACUAAUUCUAACCACCCACAACAUAAGAUGGUUUAUUUAGAGCUUCCAACCCCUUUUACUUGCAUGGGCUGCAAGGAGUAUGGUGCUGGCUCUCGUUUUACAUGUCAACAAUGCAAUUUUGAGCUUCAUGACUUCUGUGCUUUAGCACCUCCUGUCCUCAAGGCCCAUCCUCUUCACUCUCAACACCACCUUAUUUUCUAUCCUAAACCUGGUAAAGGACUAUUGAGAUCAAAAUGUGAGGUGUGUGGGAAGACUGAAAAGGGAUAUCUAUUCCACUGCAGUGCUUGUAACUUUCAAAUACAUCCUUGUUGUGCGAUGUUAUCAGCCAAGAUGAAAUUCCCCACUCAUCCUCAUUCCCUUGUCAUAAUGCCGGCCACCAUAAAUUCAGUAGGUACAACUGAUAUGCUGUGUAGUGAGUGCAAGAAGAGGAGAUCAGGGAAAGUAUACCAAUGCACACUCUGUGAUUACUGCCUUCAUGCCGUUUGUGCCAAAAGUAUGGUAAAUGGUCUCCAUGCCAAUGGAAUCAAAGGUCUUGAUUCAGCGAAACCAAGCAUGCUUGGCGUUGCAGCUAAAAUUGCUUCCCAUGUUGUUGUAGGGUUCAUGGGCGGACUUAUUGAAGGUAUAGGAGAAGGUUUAGGAGAAGCUCUCACUCAAAACAUCGUCAAAGGAAGCCAUGACAGUACUAGAAAAAGUCCCAUCAAUGAGUAGCCACUAGCUACUCUGAAAAAUAACUAUAAAUGACCUGUUUGAUUUUGUAUUGAUUCAUAGUAUUUCAAGUGUUUGAUAACAUGACUUUCCUUGCCAAAAUUGUAUAAGUAGCUGUUAGUCAGUGUGUGUGUGCGCGCACGCACUGGUGCAAGAUAUGAAGUAAUUAUUUUCAAAAGUAGCUAUUGAUUGGGUUGUUUGUUUAAUAUACAUAAUUAUUAUUUUGAUUUGUAACAAAA